AAGCAGGAGAAGGAGAAGCAGGAGAAGGAGAAGCAGGAGAAGGAGAAGCAGGAGAAGGAGAAGCAGGAGAAGGAGAAGCAGGAGAAGGAGAGGCUUGCGAAGGAGAGGCUUGAGAAGGAGAGGCUCGAGAAGGAAAGGCAGGAGAAGCAGAGGCAGGAGAGGCAGGAGAGGGAAAGGCGGCAGAGGGAAGAGAAGGAGAAGGAGGACCGGAAGAAGCGUGAAAAGCGAGAGCAGGAGGAGAGGGAGAAAGAGCAAUGGGACAAGUUCUUCAAGGAACAAGAGAGGGAGAAAAAGGAAGCUGAAUCGAAGAAAGGGGACAAGGACGAGCACGACCACAAGAAGGGUGGUGACCAUGAUAGGAAGUCGCCGCUUUCUCCUGGACCUUCUGGCAAUGGAUCGAGCUCUGGCGGAAAAGGCGGCGAUGAAGAUGGGCAUGAUGGCUAUAAACCUGGCGGUGGAAGCUCGACCGUCCGCUCAGAAGGGACUAACAAGAGCGAACCCAAUCAGACCUUGCCUUCUUCACAGGCAGCAAAUCAGGCCCAGACGCAGACGCCGCCAGCCAUGCAAGCUCGGGCUGCUUCACAGACCCGGUCCGAUAUACUAACCUCGCCAUGCAGCGUUGCCACCACAAAUGAAGUAGGAAACGCUCAACCAGACGCCUCUGACUCUGCUCAAGGUGCUGCGGAUGUCGGACAGAGCGCGAUCAAAGACAAGAGCCAGACGGGUGCAAAGCCUUCACCGCUUGUUCUGGAUUCAUCUAACACGGAUUUUUCGAACUCCGUAGCCGGCGCUUCCAGUCCUACCAAGCUCAAACCCGCCCUUGACUCCGGUGCUGGAACUACAAACUCCCCCUCCGGCUCACCGGAUACGCCGGGAACAAAUACCAAUGGUCUGUCCGAGGAACCGGUGACCCCAUCACGUCCGACUCUGACGCCGAAGUCAGUGCGGAGCAAACUUAAAGGUGCGAAGUCUCCAAACCUUUUCGGCGCUUUGAAGGCCGCAGGAUCUGAAGUAACUGGAAAAUAUCCAAAGUCAGCUAGUGGCGCCGUCUCCCAAGGGUUCGAUCCCGAUGACCGGAAUACUCAGUCUGAGGUAAUGUCUGAUGAGCAUCUUUCUGCUUCGAAGCCGCUUUCCAGCAACGACGAUAUUGAAUCGCUUGCUAAACGCCAACAGGCCGCUUUCGCCCAACCACAGGCUCCCUCUCCAAGCAAUGGUGCUUUCUCGUUUAGUUCCAGCCAGCAGAAUCCGAAGACUAGCGCAGGCAGUGGUCCUCCUUCAUUUCCCUCCGCCACCGGACGGCCACUGAGUUUUGGCGGUGCUUCACCGACUCUGACGAGUCCCGGUGUAUUCCCCUUUGGAAGCGCUCCAGUCUCUAGUCCUGGAUCUCCAAUCGCCACAAGUGCCAGCACGUUUAGCGCUGCAACGCCAACGAAUUUCACGUUUCAGCGUUCUCCCGUUGGUGGUCCAAUACGCUCCGGAAAGCCACGGAAAGGUAAAAGGCACGUUAAAACUCGCGGCGGCAAUAUUCCUUCAUCUACGCAUUUGCCGGCUCCAAGAAUACCUAGCCCCAAGCUGCCCCAUAGUAGCUUUACUGUGCCAAGUGGGACUUCAGGGAAUAACGGAGUCAUAAGCAGUGCCCAAUCCCAGCCAGGGCCUACCCAGCCAUCGGAAAAUCAUGCUAUCGAAAACACCGAAAACUCAGCGAGUUCGGAUACGCCCAUGCCAGACGCAGGGACUUCGCGAGAGCUCACCCCGGCUGAGAAGAUGAAAGGGUUACUGAAAGAUCUCGACUCGACGCCUUCCGCACAUACCACCAAUGAGCCCGCUAACAGCAUAGCAGAACAGUCUGUAGAGUCCGCCCAGCCACCCGGGACGGGCUCGGAGCAUCCUUUCUCGACCAAGCCCGCGCACUCGCAGCAGGAUACUCUCAUGAAAGAUGCUGAAGCCGAGGUUUUCAAUCCUUUGCCUGAGGAUCUACCGGCCCCGGGCGCAAUUACUAUCCCGGAAUGGGAUCGUCGGCAACUGAAACAGCGGCUCGAGAAAGAACGUUUGUACACUCCUCCACCGGUCACUCCUGGUUCUAGCGCAAGCCGCAUGACCGCCCAAAACCCCAACCCGGAUAAUUAUUCAACAGCGACGAAUCCGGGUAGCUAUUCACAGCAACGGUACCGUGGAUCACGCUGGACGCCGCAACCGGCAUAUAGUCCAUCAAGCCCGUGGUACUCCCAGCCACCGCCCGCAUCUCUUAGGCCGAGACCGACAACCCCACCGUAUUCUCGGAGUAGUUACACACAAGAGCCUCGAUCUUCGUCAAGGACAGACACCGUGGUAGACAACCGUUUUGUGUACGAGAAGCUGCCUGAGAGAGAACGUCCACAGCACCCGAGCUACGAGUCCGCCAGUCAGGGUGCGUACUAUAGGAUCAGGAGUAUUUCUUCGGUCCCUCUAUACAGUCCCACUGCGCCCGCUACCACAUCCGCCACUGCAGAUGCUCCUGGAGCUGGAGCUGCGCCUGCUCCCCAAGAGCCCGCUGGCCAAGCGGCACCUACUUCUUCGCCGUCGCGCGGAUCGGGCCCCCAAACCGGAGAUGCGGAGGAUGGGCUUGGAGCGGACGAGCUGGAUGACGAGGAGAUUGCGAAUGUUACGAGGUGGGGAGCGGAGAGGAAUGAGGAGGAAGCGGCGGAGCAGGAGGAAGCCCUGAAGAAAAUGGCCAAGGCUGACGCGAAGAAAGCCUUGAUGGGAUGGAUCAAUGCUAGGGCGGAGACAAGGGCCGCGGCGGUGGAUGUCCUGCCGCGCAGGGCUGCAGCCGAGAUAGGUUUGAUCCGGCCGAUUACGAUCGCUCCGAGCAUCAUGACGGUGGCAUUGUCACUCUUCAACAAGUCGAGUCUUCUCUUCACCUUCUACCUUCAACUCUACCUCCGGCUCUACCUUACUCUCUACGUCGCCUUCAUCGCCUUUCGUCUCUGUCAUCACUCUAUACCUCGACCAUUACCUCAAUUCGACACCGUCCUCACCAUCUCACCACGCAACUACAAUUCCCUCUCCACGGCGGAUUCGACGCCCAGGCUGAAGUCUUCCGAGUAG